AACGCCUCCUGGGUGGAGGAGCUCCCUGCCUGCCUGAACACGCUCCUGGUGUGGGGGCGGCAGGUCCUGGCAGGCGGCAGAAGCACCGAUGGAGCCACGGUGGCAGUACCAGUUCCGAGUGAUCAUGCUGGGGGACUCGACAGUGGGGAAAUCCUCACUGCUGCGGCGCUACACCGAAGGUGCCUUCCUGGACGCUGUCAACCAGACGGUGGGGGUGGACUUCUACGUCCAAUUCGUGGAGCUGGAGCCAGGGCUGCAAGUGAAGCUGCAGUUCUGGGACACAGCCGGGCAGGAGAGGUUCAGGUCUGUGACUCGCUCCUACUACCGCAACUCAGCCGGGGGGAUGCUGCUUUUCGACAUCACCAACCGCACAUCCUUUGAGAGCAUCCGGCAAUGGCACCAGGAGGUGACUGACACCAUCCAACCCUUCCGCAUGGUCUUCCUGCUGGUGGGGCACAAGAGUGACCUGGCUGGGCAGCGCCGGGUGGGCCAGAGGGAGGCAGAGAAGCUGGCAGCCUCACUGGGUGUCCAGUACGUGGAGACCUCAGCCAAAGAUGCUUCCAAUGUAGUCCAGGCCUUUCAGAUGCUGACAGUUGCCAUUUACCAAGCGCUGCAGACGGGGCAGUUGGUGGCCACUGAGGCGUGGGACGGGGUGAAGAGCAGCAUCCCACUGCCAGGGCUGCCCAAGGCUCAGGCACAGGAGAAGGAGGAGAAGCGGAAGAGAUGCUCGUGCUAG